AUGAGCAUUAAUAUGAUGCCUGAUACAUCUAUGCCAUGGUUAUAUCUCAAAAGCAAGAUGCACAAGGACAAGGCUACAGAUACAGCUGACAAGCAAGGAAUAGUCACACAUGCCAUGGAAGACAUGGCAAUUGAUGAUGAUGAUGUCCCAUCAGAUGGGUCAGUUGAUCAGAGCAGCCACAAUGAUGUCAAGCACAAGAGAACAUCUUCUCAGCCAUUGCCACCAAAGAAGGAUGGUGGUUGUGGACCAUUGAAGCAUCUGAAGGCAGUUGUGAAAUCAAUAUCUUCUUCAAUUCCCACUAUCCAAUCACUGAUUGUCUUAGUUCAAAUGACACCUGAGCCUGAGGGCUUGGCCACCACCACACACAACAUUGGUGAUGCAAGUGGAGUGGACGACGACAUUGAUGCUGUUGGUGAUAUUGAUGAUGAACAAUUGUUCAGUUCUCUUUCUGCCGAUCCUUUGGUCAUCAUACAUUCUUGUGCUGUCAUGGAAUCAUCUAUAACCACUGAAAAUGCUCAUGACUGGCUUGAAAACAUGCUUUCUCUACCUGGCUAA